GGGUCUGGCAUCAGUGUCCCCGAUGUUUUGGUUGCGAGGCGGCGAAGGAGGAGCCUUGCAAUAUGGCAAUGUAUCUCUGUUGUUUCCGGCAACUGUGCGGCACUUCACCCAGGGCGAGUGUGCCCAUUAAGACCACGCCCACUAUCAUCCUCGAUACAGGCUAUAUGGGCCAUGAAGUUGUGAUUGUAAAAAAUGGCAUCAGGAUCUGUGGCACAGGUGGGGCACUUGGUAACAUACCAAUCCUACAGAACAAAGCAUAUUUCGAAGUGAAGCUCCAGCAGUCAGGGGUGUGGGGUAUAGGAAUCGCAACAAGGAAUGCCAAUCUCAAUAAGGUUCCCCUCGGAGAGGACUCUCAAUCAUGGGUUCUCUGUUCCGAUGGCUGCGUGCGACACAAUGGCGAGGAGAAGUACAAAAUUGCUGAUAAUCCCCAGGAAGGAGAUAUUCUGGGUGUCAGUUAUGACCAUGUUGAACUUAACUUCUAUAUCAAUGGGAAACCAACCAACACACCAGUCACAAGUUUUAAGGGUACUGUGUAUCCAGUCCUAUAUGUUGACGAUGGUGCUAUUAUGGAUGUAAUAUUCGAAAACUUUAGCCACGGACCUCCACCAGGAUACGAUUCCAUAAUGGUUGAGAAAUCUCUAUUGGAGAAUGAUUAGUGCACCCGUCUCUUUAGAACGUUAUGCUAGAUUUAUUUUCAAUGUGCUGCUGUCCAUCUGUUUUUUGGAUACGUAUGUUCUAUCCAGUGAUUCUUUGUUAUAACUACCCAUGCUUUUUGAGAAGAUUUAAUGUAGAAUAAUUGUCUUCUGUGUUUAUUUAUUCUUCUGUUUCUUCUUCUCUUUCAUAUCUGGUGAUUGAUGUGGUUAGAUACAACUAUUGAUUGGUUGUUAUUGUGUUAUUCUCUUUACUUUUUUCUCUGUAUGUCUUUGAUUCUUUGUUGAACAUUCUAUUGUUAUUGUUAUGUGCUGUCAUUUCUAAGCAGGAAUAAUUAUCUCAUAAUUUAUUUUUUUUAUGUUUUGUGCGUGUUUUUUUGUUUUUUGUUUUUAUUUUUUCUCCAUCUCUGAGAUCUGAUUUUUUGGUAGCCUCUUCACAAGCUCACCUGAUUUACAAGUACAUUGUCAAUGGAUGCCUUACUUUUGCUUAAUGAAAUCAGUAUCCAAAAUAGAAACAGGCAGACAGAUAAGUGCACAGCUUUAAAGUGACUAUGGAUAUCAAAUGCGCUUCCCACUCUACACCCAGAAAUGCUUUUUACAAAUCCCCACUGACACCUUACAUACAUGCAACUCUUUGUACACCAUAAAUCUGUUAUUUAACAAAAAAAAUAAAAAGGAUGUUAAUCUCUUAACAAUUCAUUUCACCAUACUUUUCAGUGUUAAUUUUGAGAUGCAAGAAGCUAGUCUAUUGGAACGGUUUCAUGUGACUGUCUGUGAUUGGUUUAAAGAAUAUUAGGGUGUUUUUUUUGUUGUGACUGCAAUGUUAAUUCUUAGAUUCAUUCAGGGUUAGUGUCCAUUAUGAUCUGUUCUAUCAAAGUAUUUUUAUAUAACCGGUAUAUUAAGGAUUAUUUUGUGGCUGUUUGAUUAAUCUUUGUGCGACUGUUUGUCCGUGAAAACAUCUGUAUUUAUUUCGGCUUCCUCUUCCAAAUUGGUUGAUUUUGUGAAUUAAAAUAAAUAAUUUAAAGUAAUGACAGGGUUCAUGUUCUUGAUAUAUGUUACAAUCACAGGAAUGGUGGUGAUGUGUUGUCUAAAAUUAAGAAAUUUGAGGGCAUUCCUUUAUUUUUCCAGUGCUUGAUGUUAUGAACAUGUUAAAAUGUGUUGUUUACUUUGUAUGAUUGGGUUUUGUACGUACUCAUAAUGUCUGUUUUUUUUCUGUUUAUAACAUGAUCUUAUUAUUUAAUUUUGUAGUUUAUUAUUAUUGCAACAAAAUUCAUAGCAUUCCUCUGUAGUUUUCCAGAUUAUCCGAUCUAAAAAGGUAGAGGAAACAUUUUACUCAUCAUUAGUUUUCAAAGAGAAUGUAACAUUCAAUGAUUUUCUUAUAAAAUGUUAAUAGUGUGAUUGUGAUUAAUUUAAUGGUAAGCUAAAAAUGAAGUAUCACUAUGGUACUAAUUACUGGAAUUAUAGUUUUUACAACCAUUGAAGCCUUGAUACUCAGAAGAUAAAUGUCAGGGAAUUUGUUAUUCAAGACUGUAAAUUUUUGUUUUUUAUUUUCCUUCAUUUAGGAGCUAUUAAAGUCUUAUGUAUGGUAUUUCCUGAUAUAAGAGUGAGACAUAUAUUAGAAUAAAAGUGAAUUGAUCUUGUCAGAAGAUGUAUAAACUUGUGCAACUUC